AUGUGCAAAGGAGGAGAAGAGUUCAUGAACGCCUCACGUACGAGCAUCCGAAUGGUGGACGGGAGAGACACGAGCAUCCCGACUUGGAUCCCUGACAAAUGUGACUGUCCCACGCCGUGCAAUCAGGAUUUCUACAGUUUCUCAGUCGAUUCCCGUAUUCGAACAGACAAUGCCUCCGUCACUCGACUCUAUUAUGUCGACAUGAACUACGAGGAGAUCCAGGAAGAGUACAGUUAUAAUAUCUUCGCCCUUCUAUGCGAUCUCGGAGGGACUCUAGGGUUGCUUCUCGGAGCCUCAGUGUUGACCAUGAUACAAAUCCUGGAAUGGUUCUUCAGUACGGUAGCCGCUUGGGUCCUUAGCCAUCGAUCCCCAGUGCAGGUCGUGGCUCCAGCCACCUAG